AUGGUUGUUGGUGCUGGAGCUCCACAGAGAGGAAGUGCAGCUGCAACCGCAAGUAUGCGGAGGAGAAAAGGCGGAAACAGCAGCAGCGCCGGUGGUGGUGCUUCGGGAGGAGCAGCGGGAUCAAUGCUUCAGUUUUACACAGACGACGCUCCCGGUCUCAAGAUUUCUCCCAAUGUUGUUCUGAUUAUGAGCAUUGGUUUCAUUGCUUUUGUUGCUAUUCUUCAUGUCAUGGGUAAGCUCUACUUUGUCAAGAGCAAAUGA